AUGUCUUCUGCUUUAAAAGAAACUUUUGAAAGGUGUAAGAAAGAGAACCGUAGUGCUUUGAUUACCUUCAUUACUGCUGGGUAUCCUACCAUCGAUGAUACUAUUCCAAUCUUACAAGGAUUACAAAAAGGUGGUGUAGAUAUCGUUGAAAUUGGAGUUCCAUUUUCUGAUCCUAUCGCUGAUGGUCCAACUAUUCAAGUUGCCAACACCACUGCCUUAGAAAAUGGUGUUACCGUUCCAAUGGUUUUAGAGUUGGUUAAAAAGGCCAGAGCUUCAGGUGUUACUAUUCCAUUAGUUUUAAUGGGUUACUAUAAUCCAAUCUUAAGAUAUGGUGAAGAAAAAUUAAUCAAAGAUUCCGCUGAAGCUGGAGCUGAUGCUUUCAUUGUGGUUGAUUUACCACCACAAGAAGCCAUUCAAUUCAGAUCUACUUGUGCCAAAUGUGGUAUUACUUAUGUUCCGUUAGUGGCUCCAGCUACUACCGAUGCUCGUUUAAAAGUUUUAGGUGAAAUUGCUGAUUCUUUCAUUUAUGUUGUAUCUAGAAUGGCUUCAACUGGUGCAUCUGCUCAAGUUUCUACUGGAAUUCCAGAAUUAUGUGCUAGAGUCAGAAAGUAUGCCAAGGGGUCUCCAUUAGCUGUUGGUUUCGGGGUUUCUACUAGAGAACAUUUCUUAGAAGUUGGUAAAGACGCCGAAGCUGUUGUUAUUGGAUCCAAGUUCGUCACUUUAAUGGCUGAAAGUGAACCAGGUAAAAGAGGUGAAGCUGCAUACCAAUACGCUAGAGAUAUUUUAGGUGAAUCUUCAGAUUUCACUCCUCCAGCUUCUUACGAACAUAAAAUUGGUUCAGCUAGAGAAGUUAUUCCUGUUUUAGAAGAAGAACAUAAACACAAUCCUAAAUUCGGUGAUUUCGGUGGUCAAUUCGUUCCUGAAGCUUUAUAUACUUGUUUAGCUGAAUUAGAAGGAGCUUUUGAAAGCGCCGUUGCUGAUCCUUCAUUCUGGGAAGAAUUCAAAUCAUUAUAUUCUUACAUUGGUAGACCAUCAUCUCUCCACAAAGCUGAAAGAUUAACUGAACAUGCCGGAGGUGCUCAAAUCUGGUUGAAAAGAGAGGAUUUAAAUCAUACUGGAUCUCAUAAAAUUAACAAUGCUUUAGCUCAAGUUUUAAUUGCUAAAAGAUUAGGUAAAAAGAAAAUUAUUGCUGAAACUGGUGCUGGUCAACAUGGUGUUGCCACUGCUACUGCCUGUGCUAAAUUUGGUAUGGAAUGUCUUGUAUUUAUGGGUGCUGAAGAUGUCAGACGUCAAGCUUUGAAUGUCUUCAGAAUGAGAAUUUUAGGUGCCAAAGUCAUGGCUGUCACCAACGGUACUCAAACUUUAAGAGAUGCUACUUCAGAAGCUUUCAGAUACUGGGUUUCUCAUCUUGAUACCACCCAUUAUGUUGUUGGAUCAGCUAUUGGUCCUCAUCCAUAUCCAACUUUAGUUAGAACUUUCCAAAGUGUUAUUGGUAGCGAAGCCAAGGAACAAUUCAAAGAAUUAAAUGGUGGUAAAUUACCUAAUGCUGUUGUUGCUUGUGUUGGUGGUGGUUCCAACUCUGUUGGUAUGUUUGCACCAUUUGAAAAUGACAAAGAAGUCAAGAUGUUGGGUGUUGAAGCAGGUGGUGAUGGUUUAGAUACUGAAAGACAUUCUGCCACUUUAACAGCUGGUAUUCCAGGGGUUUUCCACGGUGUCAGAACUUAUGUUUUACAAGAUCACGAUGGUCAAGUUCAUGAUACUCAUUCUAUAUCUGCUGGUUUAGAUUAUCCAGGUGUAGGUCCACAAUUAGCUUAUUGGAAGAGUUCUGGAAGAGCCGAUUUCAUGGCUGCCACUGAUGCUCAAGCUUUGAUAGGUUUCAGAUUAUUAUCACAAUUAGAAGGUAUCAUUCCAGCUUUGGAAUCAUCUCACGCUAUUUACGGAGGAGUUGAAUUAGCUAAAACCAUGUCCAAAGAUGAACAUAUCAUUAUCAACGUCUCAGGUAGAGGUGAUAAAGAUGUCCAAAGUGUAGCUGAAGCUUUACCAACUCUCGGUGAAAAAAUUGGUUGGGAUUUAAGAUUUGAAGCUGAUCCAACUAAGUAG